UGGAGUUCGGGCUUUGAAUCGGGGGUGGUGGGGGUCUGCAGUAAUCAGAGUCGAUAGGAAAGCAUCCUGAUAGACUUGCAGAAAACACGAUUCGCCAACUUUUCGUCGGUUUUGGUCCUCUUGUGAACCAAAACUAAAAAUGUCAGUCCCAAACUCUUCAAGCAAAAAAGAAGAAAAGGGCAAGAACAUACAAGUGGUUGUACGAUGCAGACCGUUCAGUUUAGCAGAGCGGAAGUCAAACUCCACCAGUGUGGUUGAUUGUGACACCAUAAAGAAAGAAGUUACUAUACGUUCUGCUGGCCCAGGAGGUGAAAAGGCACCCAAAAAGUAUACAUUCGACAUGGUAUUUGGGCCUUCUGCAAAACAAAUCGAUGUAUACAAAAGUGUGGUAUACCCCAUCCUGGAUGAAGUAAUCAUGGGAUACAAUUGUACCAUUUUUGCGUAUGGACAAACUGGUACUGGAAAAACCUUUACAAUGGAAGGUGAAAGAUCACAAAAGGAACAAUACACCUGGGAAGAAGAUCCCCUGGCUGGAAUUAUUCCACGCACACUGCAUCAGAUUUUUGAGAGGUUGGCAUCACAAGGCGCUGAGUUCUCUGUGAAAGUUUCUUUGUUGGAAAUUUAUAAUGAAGAGCUGUUUGACCUUUUGAGCCCUAUAUCAGAUGUUAAUGAGAGGCUGCAGAUGUUUGAUGAUCCCCGCAACAAGAGGGGAGUUAUCAUCAAAGGACUUGAAGAAAUUUCCGUCCAUAACAAAGAUGAAGUUUAUCAAAUUCUGGAGAGGGGAGCAGCAAAGAGGACAACUGCAGCAACUCUGAUGAAUGCAUACUCGAGUCGUUCCCACUCAGUUUUUUCCAUUACAAUCCACAUGAAGGAAACGACACUCGACGGGGAGGAACUAGUAAAGAUUGGCAAGUUGAAUUUGGUGGAUCUUGCUGGAAGUGAGAAUAUUGGCCGAUCCGGAGCUGUUGAUAAGAGAGCUCGAGAAGCUGGCAACAUCAACCAGUCAUUGCUUACUCUGGGCAGAGUAAUUACAGCGCUGGUGGAGAGAACCCCUCAUGUGCCAUACAGAGAAUCAAAGCUAACUAGGAUCCUCCAGGACUCUCUGGGUGGACGGACUAAAACAUCCAUCAUUGCCACCAUUUCCCCAGCGUCUGUGAAUUUUGAGGAAACGAUCAGCACUCUGGAUUAUGCCUACCGAGCAAAGAACAUCUUGAAUAAACCUGAAGUCAACCAGAAGCUCACCAAGAGGGCCCUGAUUAAGGAAUACACAGAAGAGAUUGAAAGAUUGAAGCGGGAUCUUGCUGCAGCACGUGAGAAAAAUGGAGUGUACAUGUCUGCUGAAAACUAUGAAUUUGUGCAAAGUAAGGUGGCUGCUCAGGAAGAGUUAAUUACUGACUAUGUAGAAAAGAUUGCUGUCAUGGAGGAGGAGCUGAAACAAAUCAAUGAGCUAUUUUUGGAAAACAAGAAGGAGCUUGAACAUUGUACAUCUGAACUGCAACAGCGAGAACAAGUACUUCAAGAGACUCAGCAAGACUUGGAGAUGACCAAAAUAAAAUUGUCUGAGGAAGAAUUUAUGUGUGAUGCUCAUGCCCACACUGAAGAAAAGCUCUAUGACACAGCCAGUGAGUUGCUGCAAACGGUUGAAGACAGUACAAAGGAUGUGUCGGGUCUCCAUGCUAAGCUUGACCGCAAAAAAGUUGUUGAAUUUCAUAACUGCAAAGCGCAGGAUGUCUUCAUGAGACAGAUGAAUGACCUGUUCACCAAAAUGCAGAAAAAAUCUGAUGAAACUCGUGUGAAGCAGCAGGGAAUGCUUGAUUUCUAUGCCACGUCGAUUGGCGAACUCCUGAGUGCAAAUGCCUCUGCGUUUAGUUCUGUUGCAUCUGCAGUGGGCACUUCUUUUGCGUCUGUCAAGGAAAUGGUUUCUUCUGGGGUAUCGCAAAGUCUUCAGGAAUUGCUUAAGCAGGAGAGUAUGACUCAACACUCAUCGAACAAGGUCCAGAAGGCCCUGGAAGAACAUAAACUGGAAAUGGAAAAAGAGCUUAAGAAGAAUUUACAGCCCAUUGUUAUCUCUGUAGUGGAACUGAACAAUUGUCUUAAGCUGAAUUUUCAGACCUAUUCUGGAAUAGCUGAGAAGCUGGAAGCCAUGAAAACGGAUACUGACGAAUUCUUUGGACAACACAGCAAGAUGCUUAGUAAAAUACAAGAAACCACUUGCAACGCUCUGGGCAACAUUCAAAAUGAGAAUGAAAAACUCAAUCAAGAGCUACAAAAGUUGCAACAAGAGCAGAUGGAGGGUAUUUCAAAAGUCAUCUCAAAUCUACAGAGUCAGCUUGGUCAGUUAGCCCAGCAAAUUCAGCAGAGCUAUGAUAAUAUUCAAAUACAAAAUGGAAAUAUGCAUCAGUCAUUGACUCUGCUUCAAGAUGAUGUGCAGUUACAAUCUGCAAAGGCUAUGGAGAAUGCAGCUUCUCACCAAGGGAAACUCCUGACUACUUUAGAUGUUUUGGCAAAUGAAAUCCGAGAAACAUCCAGUGAGGGGUUGAAGUUUGCAGAUCAGUCAAAUAUGAAGUGCCAACAACUCAACUCUGGUAUGCUGACACUUUGCCAGGAAAGUAGUCGAUGGUGUGAAUCAACAGUUGGCACUGUUGACAUGUUCAGUCAGGAACAACUCUGUUCCCUUAGAGGUAACAAAAGGAGGUUGGAGAACCAUGAACAAACUGCCAGUGAGAGUUGUGACACUCUAGUCAGGGAAAUAACAAAACAGCUGAAGGAAGAGUCCGAUACUAAGGAAUCAGCACUAUGCAUUGUCCGUGAUCGGGUUAAUGACGAUAAAGGUGUGAUGAUGCAGCAUAUGACAGAGUUAAGUGAGCACGCUGAGGCAGGACUAAACAAUGUCCUGAACUUCUUAAAUGAACAACUCCAGCAGGACAUUCCAACAGGCACCACCCCCCAGCGCAGAGAAUAUAUUUACCCGCGAACCUUCUUGAGAACAGAGCCACGGGAUGCCUUGGUUGUUCAGUUCAAAGCACAGCAGCAGCAGCUUCAGAAUUCUUUGAAUGCUGCCAUGUCCAUCCAAGAAGAACCUGUUUGUGAGCAGGAGUCUGUAGAAGAUGAUAAAGCAAGCAUCCAGAAUGACAGCAUUGCCAGUGAGAAGUUGAGUACUGAAGAGGAUUUCUGUGUAAAUAGUGGUGGUGCCCCAUUUUUCAAGCAUCAGAAAAGAUAUAAAAGAGACAAAGAAAACAAAUCUGCUGUUAGUUUUGACAAAUCAAAGUCUUUGGAAGAGAAUCUAACCCUCUCAGCAUCAAAAUCAAAGCUGCCACUCAGAAUACAAAAUUAGUUCUUUCAUUGUUCUUCUUUUGUAAUUUUAAUUAAUCUUCAACAUCUGAGUUUAUUUUGCUUCAAUGUAUAUUGCUGUCUAUAAUUUUGUUUCACUGCCUCAAAAUUCCAAUGAUCUAAGUAUUGUUACUUGAUCAUUACCUUUUCUUUCCUCAUGGAAUCCAUUUGAAACAAUUCUUUCAAAUUAUGUUCUGUACUUCUCUCACUUAAAUAAUUGUUUAAAGACUUGUUCUAUGCUCUGUAAUGUCAAAAUAUGUAUUUCUAAUACUGGAUAACCUAAGCCUUUUGUAGGCUUUAUCCUAAUGUAUUUGGUUGUAUAUACUUCAAAAUAAAAUGCCAUGCUGACUCAGAAACUAUUUUAUAUAAAUGGUGUAAAUUGCAUUGCUUUGGAAGUGCAUUUUUUGUUGUUAAACAUACAACUAAUAAAGUUUUAUAGGACCA